UCUUAAGCAACAACAAACCACCUUUGCCUUUGCAAAGCUUUGCUUUGUGGCAAUCAUAGAAUCACCACAAUGGACUCCAAGCAGUUCAAGGAGGCCGCAACAUCUGCGAUUGAUGAGAUUGUGAGCUACUAUGACACCCUACCAGACCGCAAGGUUUUGUCCCGUGUCGAGCCCGGAUACCUCAGGAAGAUUCUCCCAUCCGGUCCUCCAGAGAAAGGAGAGUCAUGGCAAGAUAUCCAGAAAGAUAUUGAGGAGAAGAUUGUGCCUGGAUUGACUCACUGGCAACAUCCAAACUUCAUGGCCUUCUUCCCUGCCAGCAGCUCCUUCCCAGGCAUGCUUGGUGAGCUCUACUCAGCUGCAUUCACCGCCCCAGCCUUCAAUUGGAUUUGCUCCCCAGCCGUCACUGAGCUUGAGACAGUCGUCCUGGACUGGCUUGCCAAGCUCCUCAACCUCCCAGACUGCUACCUCUCCACCGGGGAGGGUGGUGGUGUCAUCCAGGGCUCCGCCUCAGAGGCAAUUGUAACUUGCAUGGUGGCUGCCCGUGACAAGUAUCUUCGUGAGACCACAUCCCACCUCAGCGGCGAGGAGCAAGAAGAUGCCAUUGCCCACAAGCGCAGCAAGCUUGUUGCCCUCGGCAGCGACCAAGCCCACAGCAGCACCCAGAAGGCAGCCCUCAUCUCCGGAGUCCGCUACCGCUCGGUCCCCACGACCCUCGAGAACAACUUCGCCCUGACCGGCGACGCCCUGCUCAAGACAAUCAACGAGCUCAAGGCUAAGGGCCUUGAGCCCUUCUACCUCACCUGCAACCUUGGAACAACCUCCACCUGCGCCGUCGACGACUUUCGUUCCAUCACCAAAGUCCUCAAGACCGCUGCCCCACCCGGCCCCGGCGAGAUCUGGGUGCACGUCGACGCCGCCUAUGCCGGCUCGGCUCUCGUCUGCCCGGAGUACCACCACCUGACCUCGCACUUCGGAGAGUUCCACUCCUUUGACAUGAACAUGCACAAGUGGCUUCUAACCAACUUCGAUGCGUCUUGCCUGUUCAUCCGCAAGCGCAAGGACCUCAUCGACGCCCUCAGCGUGACCCCCAGUUACCUUCGCAAUGAGCACUCCGAGAGCGGCCUGGUCACCGAUUACCGCGAUUGGCAGAUCCCUCUUGGACGCCGCUUCCGCAGCCUGAAGAUCUGGUUCGUCAUGCGCACAUAUGGUGUUGGGGGUAUGCAGGCGCACAUCCGUCGCCACAUCAAGCUGGGCGAUCUCUUCCAUGGUCUGGUUAAGAAGAGAGCCGAUUUGUUCGAGGUGAUUGGCAAGCCUAGCUUUGCAUUGACGACGUUUGCUCUCACGCCCAAGGAUGGGGAGGAUCGCGAGGAGGUGAAUCGCGUGUCGAAGCAGGUCUAUGAGGCUGUUAACAAUGGCGGUGUUAUUUAUAUCACCAGCAGUGUGGUGGGUGGUAUUUACAUUCUUCGUGUGGUCAGUGCGAAUGAGCUGGCUGAGGAGAAGUAUGUUCUUAACGCCUUUGAUAUUAUCGUGCGAACCACCGAGGAGGUUCGUGGCCUCAAGAUCACUGGAUCGAGUGGGGUUAACGGCGUGAAAGCCGUCAAUGGGGUCAAUGGGGUUAACGGCGUGAAAGCCGUCAAUGGGGUCAAUGGGGUCAAUGGGGUCAAUGGGGUCAAUGGGGUCAAUGGGGUCAAUGGGGUCAAUGGGGUCAAUGGGGUCAAUGGGGUCAAUGGGGUCAAUGGGGUCAAUGGGGUCAAUGGGGUGAAUGGGGUGAAUGGGGUCAAUGGGUUGAAAGCCGUCAAUGGGGUGAAUGGGGUCAAUGGGGUGAAUGGAAAGGUCCAGAUGCUAAGGGGCUCGGAGAGGUGACGGAUGUCAAUGGUCUUGCGAAAUAAGAGCAUUAAGCGUUUCCAGGAUAAGAUAGAACGAAUUUGACGACGACAGGAAAGAAACUGUACACUACUAGACCGCAAGACACAAGUUCCAGGCCUGGCAAUACGUUAUUAGGAAGAUAGAUAGGCUAGCCAAAAAUAUC